AUGACUACAUCGGUGAUGGCCAAGAAUCUUGAUACAGAAAACCGGUUGACCCCAAGUAAUGCCUCAUAUCAAGAUUUUUCGAACAAUCUUCCCGACAAAAACCAAAAAGAAUGCCCAAAAAGUGCAGAAAAAAUGGCACAGGCACAAAUCUUGAAGACAGCUCAACAUAAAUUUCCAUCGGAAUGA